AUGACCACAUCACCCAACCCGUCGCAGGCCACGAGCCCGCUCGCCCACCUUUCAGCGCAACAUUUCCUCACCUCACCGCGCCCGGACGCGCUUGCGUCCCGCCCGGCCGGUGUACCUGAUACGACGACGCUCGCCGCGCACGAUUUCGACGUCGAUACCCGCACGGGCUUCAUGCCUCCUGAGCCACCGCUCACGCGCCUCCCUGCGCGAUGGGACCGAUGGGAGGAUGCACUCGAAGACGCGAUUCAUUCUAGGCUCCAGCUGGCCAGCAAGCCUCAGUUGACGCAGGAGCAGUUGUGCCAAAGUGAACGAUGGCGAACGAGAGUGCGCGAAAUACCUCUCCUUUCGAUACAAGAACUGGCCUCGUCCGAAGUUCUGCUGCGGAGAGCCCACCAUGUCCUCGCCUGGCUCCUUCACUUUUACGUGCAUACCCUCCCCCUCGCCGUGCCAAUUCUUAUUCCGCGUUCCAUCUCCGUCCCUCUUUUCCAAGUCUGCGCACAACUUCGCCUUCCCCCGGUGCUCACAUACUCCGACGACGUGCUCUACAACUGGGCAUUCAAGCCUGGUUCCGCGCCCUCAGACUCGGAGGAGCCGCCACUGCCGACAAUAGACAACAUCACGACCGUGACGACGUUCACUCAAACGCGCUCCGAGUCCGAGUUCUACCUCGCCUCGGCGCGGAUCGAGCUCCGGGGAGCAGAAGCGCUCGCGCUCAUGCAAGCUAUGAUGGAUGAAGCUUUCGUAUCGGACGCGCUUGCCUUCUCGCGCAUCACGUCCUACCUCCUCUCACUCUCCGCUGUCAUCGACGCCCUUACCUCCCUCCUCCUCGCCGUGCGCGAGGGCUGCGACCCUGAAGAGUUCUACCAUGACAUCCGGCCCUGGUUCAAGGGCGAGGACGCCGCCGAUGCCGAGGGCGCGCGGAAGUGGGUAUUCGAAGGUAUCGAGGAGUUUGGCCUGCAGGAACCCGUGGAGAAGAGCGGGCCGAGCGCGGGCCAGAGCGCCCUCGUGCACGCGCUCGACGUCUUCCUCGGCGUGGAUGAAUACAGCCACCACGCGGCGCUCACCGGGCGUUCAUCCUCUUCCCCCUCCCCCACUUCCUCCUCGUCGUCGCAACCUAGGCCACAACAGCACCAGCAGGCGUUCCUUACCCGCAUGCAGUCGUACAUGCCGCGUCACCACCGCGCCUUCCUCAAUCACCUCUCCGCCAACCCCCGCCCGCUCCGGUCGCUCGUUCUCGCCAAUGCGGCGUCGUUCCCGGAGCUGUUGGACGCGUACAACGACGCGGUGCGCGCGCUGAAGCGGUUCCGCGAUUCGCACAUGCGCGUCGUCGCGAUGUACAUCGUCGGGCCGAGCGCGCGGGAGAGGCAACAGAAGAAGGAGAUGGCCGCGCGCGAGCAGGAAAAGGCGGAGGGUGAGGAGGAGGAUAAGAUCAAGGGUACGGGCGGGACGGAGCUCGUGCGCUUCUUGAAAGGCGUCAGGGACAGGACGGCGAGUGCGGUGAUCAGCGAAGGCGAGGACGUAGCGCUCGAGGCGCGGGGGAAGGUCAUGAGCAUCUAA